AUGUCGUCCACCCCAGAUUCAAUUCCACCUCUUACAAUAUCCCAGCCAGAAACGGUCAACGUCAUGAAGCGAGUAAAGUGCUGCACCGCUUGUCGCCGCCGACACAGAAAAUGCGUCACACAACCCGGCGCCUCUCAAUGCGGCACUUGUCUGGAGUCGGGGCAGGAAUGUCGGUUUGAGAAUGACAUUCGGUUCAAACACACUCAUUCAGAAAGUCAGAAGGAAUCUGGACGGAAAUGGGCGAAGGUUCCUCAGAAGAUUUCUUUCACGGCCCCUCGUGGGAUUGAUGGCAAGGUGUCUGAGGAAGCGGACACGAGACCGGAGACGAAUGAGUCGGCAACGCAGCCGAUAUCAGAUGGGAUGAUGGAAAUAUCGAUAGACGACCCCAUGCAGUCCCAAACAGAAGCUGGCCCUUUAGAACAGGUGUUCAGCUAUUGGGAAUCGCCCUCAAAUCUCAUCACCGACUCUCCAAUCGAUCAGAACAUGACACCAGCAUAUCAAGCAGAUCACGCAGAGACUUCAUCACUCCCACGAGCAUCCAUUCCAUUUAUUCUCGACCCGCAAAUGUCUUCGCCCCAUGCCGUCGCCCAAGUGACCGAUCAAGAUCACACCCAAGACCCCUUUGAGUUGACGGAACGUGAGGCCUUUCUCUUCAUGACCUACAUCCACAAGCUCGCACCUCUUUCCGACGCAUGUGACGACGCCCGCCAUUUCGCCCUCGAAGUCCCCCGUCUGGCCCUCCAUCAACCGAUGAUAAUGAACGGCCUCCUCGCGCUCGCAAGCCGCUACGACUCUCGCUGUACCAACAGCUCCGACGACAUCGAGAGCACAUUCUAUCACAACAAGUGUAUAAAACUCCUCAUCGAAGCGUUCGCUCAACCGCCUGAGACCUGGGACUCGACGCUCCUCACGGCUGUUGUGAUCGCGCGGUUGUACGAGGAGAACGAUAACGAGACGGAUUCUUACUAUCAUCAUCUCAGCGGAACGCAAAACCUCUUAAAUCAUGAAGUAAUCGCGAGGUUUGUUAUGCAAGGUGGGCUGGCUGAAGCGGCGAGUUGGGUUCACCUUCGACAAGCUAUCUACGUCUAUGUUGUUCGCAGGGAGCCGCUUGAGAUAUGUCUUGAGAAUUUUGAGAGAUCAACGGUAUUUCGGAGAUCUGAUGACUCCGCAUAUGCGAACAGGGCAGUUUAUAACUUUGCGAAACUGAUGAGGCUAUCUCUGCCAAUGGAAAGUCCAGUUGGUGAUUUUGGGGAGUGGGGAGCAGCCGAGAGGGAGAUCGAGGAAUGGUAUGAUGCCAGACCAGUUUCAUUCAAGCCAAUAUUUCACAAGAUGGCGGACAUCUCAAGCGACAGACCGUUUCCAGUCAUUUGCUUUGCUGCGUCGGUGCCUGUCGUGGCGAUGCAGCAUUACUACGCAGCCAAGGCCGUUUUGUGCUUACGCGACAGCAAACAGACGACAGACAAUUAUAGCAGGCAAGAUUUUGAAAACAACAUAUCUUCGCACCUUUGCAUGCUGAUGGGCCUUGCUUUGUCCAAUUCGCACGUGGCCAACGCAUUCUAUCUACCAGCACAUAUGUUGUCGCUCUGUGGAUACUGCAUAAGGGAUCCUUGCGCGCAAACACAUACGAUACAGUAUCUGACGAAGGUCGACGAGGUGAUCAAAUGGAAGACAAAGGCACUUAUUGGAACACUGAGAAGAGAGUGGGACAACCAAAACUGA